CGGACGCGGCGCGUACCUCAAUAAGCUCGAAACGGGCUGGGGUCAGACUUGACCAGAACCAAACGCGUUUUGGAGUCGACGAUACUCGUAGCACCACCGUUUUUGGGUACAGCGCUUUGGACUAAGCACUAGAGUCUGUGCCGAUUGUUUUUAAGUGUGAAUUGCUGCUUCAUUAUGCCGAAAACACCGUGUCUUCCCAAGGAACCGGAAACAACUACCGUUUGCUGCUUUCCCAUCUCAUGGAGACGACUAUUUUCUCGCGAACCGCAAUCAACGAUCCCCAUCGUCCGCAUUCAGGAAGCUACUCCUCGCAAUUCCUCCAGCUCGAGCAAUCCCCCGCAUACGCCCGGGGGCAAUGUCCAGCAACCACUUGAGCGCCACGGCAAGGCCUCGGUAAACAUGAACCGCGGCUGA